AUGUCAUUUAAACAAUUCGAAUCGAUCUUCUAUCCGGCUUUCGACUUUUACGGCCUUACGGAUUGGACACUUGAAAAAAUGCCUAAGAACGUCAACAUUAAACGAAAAUCUAAAAAAUCGACCCUUGCCAACGAAUGGUUUUUUAAAUCACACAAUGGUCAAUCUAUAUUCCACUGCCCGAAAUGUGCUCAACAGACAAAGGAAAACGAUGAACCCGUUUGGUCUUCCGUGUACACGACGAUUUUAUUUCGCGCUCGAUAUUCAGAAGAAAAAGAUAAAGAUGGAGUUAUGUGGGGUUCUGGUCGAAUUCAAAUGAAUAUCUUUGAACAAGGGUGUCAAACUUGUGGUACAUAUAGUACAGGUCAUUUUGAUGAAGAUGGCAUUUGUUUCGCACUGUACUGGCUUCACAUUUGGAUCCUAAAAACAUUCUACAGUGUCGAAAUUUAUGAUGACAAUGAUCAUGAUCGACCACAAAAUGGAGUGCUUAGUCGUGGACCACAUAAUACUCAUCUAUGCAAGGCUUGUCAAAGCGGCUGGUGCAAAAUUCCAAUUGAUACGACAAGCAAUGAAACAGCAAAAUUGUUCGAUGCAACACUGACGCAAUAUGUUGGUUGGUACAUUAACAAGCAAUUAGGUGGUAUCAAAGCCAGUCUAUCUCGUUUUCUCGCCAUCGAUCCAAAUUGCGCCAGCAGUCGUAUUCUAGCUGCUGCUAUUGGAUUGUUCUCAAUGUCUCGUCCAUCUACAUUGGCUCAUGUAUAA